CGGUGGAGGAUAUGUGAUUGGUUAUCGCAAUGGCACAUUUCAAUACCGCCAUCUUGCUGUCGUUGAACUGUGGAAGCCGGGUAAAUUGUGGUGAAAAUUAUAUCAAGCCGCUUUGCGGCAAUCUGCUAUUUGUUUUCACCGGCGUAGGAUAAAGCCGGCAGCAUGUAUCUGUAUAAUUUAACUCUACAAGGCUCUACAGCCAUCACACAUGCCGUACAUGGCAAUUUCUCCGGCACAAAACAGCAGGAGAUAGUGAUAUCACGUGGAAAAAUUCUGGAACUGCUGCGCCCCGACCCAAACACCGGCAAAGUGCAUACAUUGAUGAAAAUGGAGAUAUUCGGUAUCAUAAGAUCUAUGAUGUCAUUCCGUCUCACUGGAGGCACGAAAGAUUAUAUUGUCAUAGGUUCAGACUCGGGCCGCAUAGUAAUUUUGGAGUACCUGCCUGCCAAAAACAUUUUGGAGAAGGUGCAUCAGGAAACAUUUGGCAAGUCAGGAUGCCGGAGGAUUGUUCCAGGGCAGUAUCUGGCUAUUGACCCCAAAGGCAGAGCUGUGAUGAUAGGUGCUAUUGAAAAGCAAAAAUUAGUAUACAUAUUGAACAGAGAUGCUGAAGCUAGAUUGACUAUCUCGUCACCACUCGAAGCCCAUAAAUCCAAUACUUUGGUGUACCACAUGGUGGGAGUAGAUGUAGGCUUUGAAAACCCAAUGUUUGCUUGCUUGGAGAUUGACUAUGAAGAAGCUGAUUCAGAUCCCACUGGUGAGGCAGCCCAAAAAACCCAACAAACAUUGACUUUUUAUGAAUUAGAUUUAGGAUUGAAUCAUGUGGUGAGGAAAUAUUCUGAACCACUAGAGGAGCAUGCCAACUUCCUCAUAACAGUACCUGGAGGAAAUGAUGGGCCAUCUGGAGUACUUAUUUGCUCUGAGAACUACCUAACUUACAAAAACUUAGGAGACCAACAUGACAUCCGAUGCCCUAUACCUCGACGAAGAAAUGAUUUGGAUGAUCCUGAGCGGGGCAUGAUUUUCGUCUGUUCAGCGACACACAAGACAAAAUCCAUGUUUUUCUUCUUGGCCCAAACUGAACAGGGAGACAUCUUCAAAAUCACAAUUGAAACUGAUGAAGAUAUGGUCACAGAAAUAAAACUGAAAUAUUUUGACACUGUGCCAGUUGCAUCUGCUAUGUGUGUGUUGAAGACUGGAUUCUUGUUUGUCGCGUGCGAAUUUGGCAACCACUACUUGUACCAAAUAGCACACUUGGGCGAUGAGGAUGAUGAACCAGAGUUCAGCUCUGCUAUGCCUUUAGAAGAGGGUGAUACAUUCUUCUUUGCUCCAAGACCACUAAGAAACUUGGUGCUGGUAGAUGAACUUGACUCUUUGUCACCCAUCUUAGCUUGCCAUGUGGCAGACUUAGCUGGUGAAGACACACCCCAAGUGUACCUGGCCUGUGGCCGUGGACCUCGGUCCUCACUGAGAGCUUUGAGACACGGUCUGGAAGUAGCUGAGAUGGCUGUCUCGGAAUUGCCUGGUUCACCCAAUGCUGUGUGGACAGUCCGGCGCCACAAGGAUGAGGAAUAUGAUUCUUACAUCAUAGUAUCAUUCGUUAAUGCUACCCUCGUGUUGUCGAUUGGCGAGACCGUUGAGGAAGUGACGGACUCUGGUUUCCUGGGAACCACGCCGACGCUCAGCUGUCACGCCCUCGGCAGCGACGCGCUGGUACAAGUAUAUCCCGACGGUAUUCGACACAUCCGCGCCGACAAGCGUGUCAAUGAGUGGAAGGCACCAGGCAAGAAAACUAUUGUGAAAUGCGCAGUCAACCAAAGACAAGUCGUGAUAGCUUUGACUGGUGGAGAAUUAGUCUACUUCGAGAUGGACCCUACAGGUCAAUUGAACGAGUAUACAGAAAGGAAGAAAUUAUCAUCAGAUGUAUCCUGCAUGGCAUUGGGUUCAGUAGCGGCGGGGGAACAAAGAGCCUGGUUCUUAGCUGUUGGGCUGAAUGAUAACACUGUCAGAAUCAUCUCCUUAGAUCCCUCGGAUUGCCUGUCUCCAAGGUCAAUGCAAGCUUUGCCAGCUGGCGCCGAAUCUCUGUGUAUUGUGGAGCAGCCAUUUGAAAGUGGCGCAAAAUCUGCACUACAUCUAAACAUAGGUUUAAGCAAUGGAGUGUUGCUGAGAACUACAUUGGACCCUGUCAGUGGUGAUCUAGCUGAUACAAGGACAAGAUACCUUGGCUCGAGGCCUGUAAAACUGUUCAAAGUGCGCGUGCAAGCCGCGGAGGCUGUACUAGCCGUGUCUUCGCGGACCUGGUUGGGUUACCAUUAUCAGAAUCGCUUCCAUCUCACGCCGCUCUCCUACGAAUGCUUGGAAUACGCUGCUGGAUUCAGUUCAGAGCAAUGUGCGGAAGGCAUAGUAGCGAUCUCGUCCAAUACGCUACGGAUCCUGGCGCUCGAGAAACUGGGGGCCGUGUUCAACCAGACGCUACUGCCGCUCGAGUACACCCCGCGCAAAUUCGUCAUCAACCCCGACAAUAACCACAUACUCAUCCUCGAGACUGACCACAACUCCUAUUCUGAGGACAUGAAGAAACAGAGAAGAAUACAAAUGGCACAAGAAAUGCGUGAAGCAGCGGCGGGUGGUGGACCAGAAGAACAACAACUUGCCAAUGAAAUGGCGGACGCUUUCUUGUCAGACGUGUUACCUGAAAACAUAUUUUCUUCACCAAAAGCUGGUGCAGGUAUGUGGGCAUCUCAGAUCCGCGUAGUGGACAUGGGUAUCGGCGGCGGCCAGCCCAACACGCUGUUCAAGUUGCCUCUGGAACAGAACGAGGCCGCGGUGUCAGUGUGCAUCGUCCGCUGGGCGGCGCACGCCGAGCACGCGCAGCCGCACCUGGUCGUCGGCGUCGCUAAAGACAUGAUCCUCUCACCCAGGUCGUGUACCGAAGGCAGUCUACAUGUCUACAAGAUAUAUAAUACAGGGAAACUAGAAUUAGUGCACAAAACGCCAAUAGACGAGUAUCCGGGUGCCCUAGCUGCGUUCAAUGGGCGACUGUUGGCGGGAGUGGGCCGCAUGCUGCGACUAUACGACGUCGGCCGCAGGAAACUGCUGCGCAAAUGCGAAAACAGACACAUUCCAAACCUCAUAGCUGAUAUCAAAACCAUUGGCCAGAGAAUUUUCGUCUCUGACGUACAAGAAUCAGUAUUAUGCAUCAAGUACAAAAAGAGAGAGAACCAACUUAUCAUAUUCGCGGACGAUACAAAUCCGAGGUGGAUUACAAACAGCUGCAUACUGGACUAUGAUACUGUAGGAAUGUCCGACAAGUUUGGGAAUGUUGCUGUGAUGAGGUUACCUCAAUCGGUCAGUGAUGAUGUUGAUGAAGAUCCAACUGGAAACAAAGCAUUAUGGGACAGAGGUCUCCUGAAUGGCGCAUCACAAAAGGGCGAAAUAACAGUCAACUUCCAUGUUGGCGAGACUGUGACGUCACUGCAUAAGGCCACGCUGAUCCCGGGUGGUUCUGAAGCUCUGCUCUAUGCGACCAUCAGUGGAUCACUGGGCGUCCUACUACCAUUCACGUCACGAGAAGACCACGAUUUCUUCCAACAUCUAGAAAUGCACAUGAGGAGCGAAAAUUCCCCGUUGUGUGGACGAGAUCACUUAUCCUUUAGGAGCUACUAUUAUCCCGUGAAGAAUGUUAUCGACGGCGACCUCUGCGAGCAGUUCAACUCGCUGGAACCGGCGAAACAAAAGGCAAUCGCUGGCGAUCUCGAACGCACUCCCGCCGAAGUGUCAAAGAAACUGGAAGACAUCAGAACCAGAUACGCAUUUUAAUUUGACUACUUGUGUACCUAAUUUAAUUUUGAUUAUAAGCAAUAAAUAAGUUGACUGUGAA